AUGGAGAGGCACACGUGGGAGGGCCUUAUCCUCAUGGACAGAGAAAACCUGGAUUCGCUGCAUGACACGGUAGAGUACAGGAAGGAAAGUGUGCAAGAGACCUUUCAAACCCUCAUUACCAGAACCUGCAUCUCCUUUGACCCUGAGGACACGCAUUUUGAGAGCACCAGCAGUGAGGGAGAGGAAAGUGUGGUGAGUUAUAUCCUGAAGGACGAGAAAGAGGCUGAGGGGAGAGUACAUGGCGAGGACACCCGCUUCGAGGACACCAGUGAAAGGGAGGGAGGCAUAAGGAGUUAUAUCCUGAAGAGCGAGAAAGAGGCCGAGGGCAGGGAACAUUAUGGCGAGGACAGCCACUUCGAGGACACUAGUGAUGGCGAGGACAGUGUUGUGUGCUGUGACUUGAAGAAUGAGAGAGUAGAGUUUGACAAUGAAGGACGAGACCCUUACAGCGAGGACGUAGACAUUUUGAUGGAGGCACAGGAAGAGAGUGCCUGGGAGGACGAGGAGGCAGACGUGUGUAUCAGGGAACAAUCUAAGGAGGAGGAACAUUCUAUUAGAGAUUUAAAGUCCCAUGAGAAUAACUGCGUCGCGACACGUUUGUCCUUCUGUAGGAGCUGUGAGGAAGGUCCCAUCUGCUGCGCCGAUCUUGCUUCUCAUGCUGACACUACCGCAAGGCCGCCAGGGACUGAAUCUCCUGGGGAUGACAGGAAGGACGUCAAGGAGUGCGUGGAUGUUAUGAGGAAUGAAGUAGGUGAGGGACACUGUGCUAUCGACUCUUACCUUGAUGGUGAUGAUGAUGGUGAUGACACGGAUGGGAGUGUUGCAAGUGGCGAUGAGGAAGACAGUGAUUAUGGAGAAUUCACCAUGUUAGAGACUCUCCUGUCGACCUGGAGCUCAUACGAAGACAACAUCAAUGAGGAGGAGAUCCCAGCAAACAUUGACAGGACACAACCAUACCCUCGAGCCCCAGACACAUACUAUCGCUGCCAGGAGCCCCUUGAAGUGAUUCUGGAGAUCUUGGGGGAGGAAAGUGAGGACGAAAUGAAACAGAAAGGCAUCCAUGACGAAACGGAGACGCAAGGCAGCCAUGAUUGUCACUCUGAGGACGAGGAAACACUGUGUGGUAGCGAAGACUUCAGUAUCGAUAGUCUUGAUGAAUGUCCUGCACUUGAGAACAAAACUACUUGGUUACAGUUGGCUAAAAGCACCUCAGGAAGUGAUAUCGUUCAGAACAGUGGCAGCAAAUCAGUGUCCUCGAAAGUCAAGGGCCGCGACACAUCGGACAGAGACAAGCUGCGAUGCCUCACGUCCGAGAUCGAGGAAUAUUUACGCGAAACCACCUUACUGCUGGAGAGUGCCACCAGUUACUGCUCCCCGAAGAAGAAGAAAGAAAACACGUCCCAAGACCAUCCAGUAAUUAAGAACCAAAUGGUAAUGAAUACUAGGAAUGUAAACGACACAGACACGCACACCGCCCACCACUUGUCAUCCAGCACCACCAUCGCCGUUCCCACAUCCGCUCCGCCUCCCGCCACGCUCCACCACGGCACCACGAGGAACAAACCAGCUACUUGUACCUCUACUGUGGCAGGAACAGAGACAAGUUUGGACAUUUUAGAGAAAAUAUGGGAGCCUAUAACAGGACCUCUCAACAACUCAGGCUCCAGCGAGGGGAUGGAAGACGCUCGCGAGGAUGCAUCGUUUGAUUAUCCCAUGGUGAGCGUCUCCUUCACGCCCGAGCGAGAUGAAGAUGAGGAUGAAGAAUGGAAAACUUCAGAAUUCACCCAGGAGAGAGGGGAAUCUCCACACGAGUAUCUCCUUCUUAGUGACAUGAUGACCAUCUCCCGGUCAGUGGCGGGGAAGGAGGCGGAGAGUCAGUAUUUCUCAGCGUUGGAAUCCUCGAGUGGCACCAUGGAUGCUCUAGAGUGGGAGGAGAGGAACGCCAAGAGUAGAGGAGCUUCCCCUGUCAUCUACGUGCCAUCGCAGAGGACAGAGGAGGACGAGUACUUCUUCACGAGCCUGGAGAACGCCGGGGACAACUGGCUGGCGAUGUAUGAUGAGCCUGGGGAGUGUCUGGAGUCCUCUAGUCUCGAGCAGCUCUCCGUCACUCCGCACGACUCAAGCUGCGAGGACAUGAACACCAACACAGGCGGUGGCGCGAUUGAUGCUGCUGGUCUCGCCUCAUCCACACCCAAAAGAUCCUCCGUUCCUCCUCCACCUCCUCCUCGGAAGGGUUUAUCACCACCUCUCCUUCCUCCCCCUCCAAGAAGAAGUUUACCUCCUCCUCCUCCUCCCAUUCGAAAUUCCAAUCCACCUCCUCCUCCCCCUCCUCCCCGCCCUCCUCCUCCGCGCCCAGAGUCCCCGCCGCUCACUGUGUCCUGUCUGGCAAGCCUGGAGAGGCUCUGCAACACGUGGGAUGCUCACCAUGACAACAGUGAUAGACAGACUCUGGGCUUGGCUGAGCUUGAAUUAGCAGCAGGCAUUGCGGCGGAAAGUAGGAGUGAAAAGUUUGAAGGUCAGAUAACGAGAGUGAAACUGGAGGACUCAGGAAGGAUCUCUCAAAAUGAUGUUCAUAGGGAGGAAAUGCAUUCUCGUUUAAAUCAACAGGAUGAACUGAUGAGAGCCAACAGAGCGCUAAAAACAGAUAGUAUACAUGACACGAUGGGCAUUACUGAUAACCCACAGAACAAAGCAGUGUAUGCGAGAGUGGGACUUGGGAAAGAAAAUGGUACUAGCCGAAAUGUCACAGAAAACAUGAAAGUCCCGUGCAUUGGCGGGGAAACUAAAAUAAUAUCUAGUCAGUUUAGAAUUAGCGCUAGACUAGAGGAAAUAUUUAGAGAAGCUGAACUUGAAACGUGUAUAUUAACCAAUAGGGAUAUUCUCCUUUCACCUCCACUUCCCACGGUGGGUGUGGGUGACGAAACUAACACUGGACAGGAGGAAGACGAUCAUCUGACGGCGAGGCAAAGGGAGGCAAUGGAUCUCCAGCGACAACUGAAUGAAAUCUUAAAUAAAAUGGACGUAAUGUAUGAGGAGCACCAAAGGGCACGUAGCACGAGACAUGAGGAGCCUCCAAACAAACGAACACCAAUGGACAGACUCGUUAGGGACUCUGGGGUCCUUACAGUGACGCAGAGCUCGGAGAAGACAGCAUUUCAGGACAUCCUCAACAUUUCCGAGGAUUUGAAGCAUAUUUGUAUGUUCCAUGUCAACAAGACGGAGGGCGGAGAGUAUCAACCUGACCACACGACCGCCAUGACUCCUACUGGUACGCCGAUGACUGCAACCACUACACCGCCUUCAGCCUACCACCGCAGACCCGAUGAUGUAACCACGCCUACGUUACAUUACAUAACAGAGGCAGACACUGGUGACGCAAGACACAAUAACCGCGACAAUUACGAGGUUCCAGGGGUGCGACUUAGAACCCCAGCACCUGACGGAGGCACUGUAGGAUAUCCACCACCUGACGGAGGCGCAGCAGCAGACUCUCCCAGGCUGAUUCGAUUCCUGCAAGAACUCCGAGCGAGGAAUGCGCAGUGCUACGACUUGCCCCUAAGGUACCUGAAGGAGCUGCUCGUGUAUACUCCUGACGGCGACGCUGACGGUGCUAUCUCGCCUCACAGCCACUCCAUAAAGGCCGCGAGUCCCCCCAGCCCCGCUAGGUUGCCGGAUGCAGCUACGGUGACCAGAAGCCAACCCUCUCAAGUACCCUACCCCGUGUCCUACCCUGGAAAUACCCUGUGGACACGCUCACUCGAACACACUCAGUGAUUAGCAUGUAGUGAUAGCAU